AUGGCACUGCCACCACCAGCGCCAGCACUAGCACCACGCCAAUCUUUGACGGACAUGGCUCUCCAGGUCCAACGAAGUAAGACCUACGCCCUCCAGCUCCGCAAUCUCCUAACCGAAGUGCACAAAGAAAUGGCUCGUAUUCCUCUCCCUGUAGAAACAGCCACUUCGAGUGAGAAUCCUUCCUCACCCAACACAAUCAUCCAUCAAGGUGCCGUGCAACGAACCAACCUCUCCAACCUCAUCACAAAAGUCCACUACAAACCCUCUCCCUCCGCCCUCGGCAUCUCCCUUGGUUUCAUCGUCUCUCACGCCCUGACCGCCCACUGGACCCGCGUCUUCGAAACCGCCGAUCUCGUCGAAUCCCACAUCCGCACGGCAUGCACAUGUCCCAACCCAGAAGACCAUCGUCGUCGCGCCGAUGAGCUGGUGUAUGAGAUGCAGACGGCUGGGGAGAAGGCGGUUGUGAAAAUUUGUCGGGAUCUCAUCGCCAGACCUAUGGAAGGAGAUGUAGAUGGGGCAAAUGAUGUGAAGACAAUUUGUGAGUUGAUUGGAGGGGUUUGGAAGGUUACGGAGAUUCAGAUGAGGGCUUUUGAGAGGGUUGUCGAGCCGAGGUUUUGUGGGGGUCGUGGUGAUGAUGCUGGGAAGGGUAGUGGGUUGAGGGAAAGCUGA